AUGCAGAACACCUCUCCCCACCGACGCGGGUUCCAGCAUCGAAAGCGCGUCUCCGCCCUCCGCCUCUCGUCCGACACAACGUUAACCCUGCCGGAAUACAACCCAGUCUCUAAUUGGCAGAGGCAACAAAUCGACGGGGAGACCGAGGACGACAGACCCCCCGAGUACGACAGCGCGGAGGAGGCCGAUGAGGAGAGCGACCCCGACGACGAUCGUGACCCCCGACAGAACACCCAUUACCUUCCUUCACCCCCUCUAUCGGCCCCCAUCGUCUCCCGAAGAGGGUCCCAGCUCACGCGACGUGCCCCGCCGAGACGGAAGGAAGCCAGUAGAUCUAGCACGGAUCUCUACCUCGACUCCCUCCUCGAGCGCAGCGUUCACGCCCUCGAAAUGUCGAAUGCGCUGUUGCAGUCCUCAAUUACGACCAACACGAGUCUGUCGACUGUACUGAGCUCGGAGAACGCCCCCGCGGAUAACAGGUUGCAGGCGCGCGCGGUCGGGCUGUCUAGGAAGAUACGCCGCUCGCAUGACAUGCGCGACGCGUGGAUGGAGGACCUGAACGACAUCAAGCGCGGCGUGGAGGACCUCUUCGAGGAGGACGGCUCGGCGAAGAAGAGGAAGGGCGCCCACGCGCCGGAGGGCAGCGUCAGCAGCAGCCUGCCCAGCGGCAGGGGCCUUGCCUAUCGCCACAGCCGUCGGCGAUCGUCGGCGGACCUUCGUGAUGCCAACUCUGGUCUCUCUUAUGCGCCGCAAGCGCGGAACAGGCUCAUAUCACCCGCACCUCGCGCCCUCACCCAAUAUGUCGCCGCAGACUCGUCACACGACGGCGCCAAUAUCACUCUACCCUCGACCCUGGGUUUGCGUGCAGCGCCAUCUGCUCAUUCAGCCACGCCAUCCACCUCGAAGCCGAAGCCCCCUCCCCUCCCAUCUACUUCUAGACGCCGCGAGAGGACGGAAGGAGACAGCGACUCUGCAGCGUAUGAGCGACUUGCGUCGUUUGUUUACCGGCCAGGCAACAACGCGGUGACAUCCCCUGACUCAUUCACUUCUCCACCGCAACGUCGGGGUUCAAGUAACAGGAGUACGGAGAGGCUGCUGCCAAAGUCUUCCCCCGUUCCGGGAUCGUCACGCACCAGUUCACGAGACUCGCGCAGUGUGCCCAGUCCUCAUCGAUCCCCCGCAGGCUUCAUGGACUUCCACCCUCUCCCCAGUCCUCACCGAUCACGGUCCAGUACCCCAAAGCGUGCCCCUUCACCUCCACCCCCACCUCCGACCCAUCGUCGAUGCAUGACACCACCCACGGAAGAAUCCUCCGUAUCGUCAUCGUCUGACUCCUCCGAUAGCGUCCGCGCGAAGCUGACGGUCGAGUCCCUCCGCAAGAUUCUGCAAGAGCAGCCGGCGAAUGCGUCAACCCUCGACGACCCCUGGGUCGUAGUAGAUGCGCCGGAGAGACGCCCACCACCGCCCAAGUUUCUUCUGCCCCGUAGUCCACCCCCGCCCGCGGAAGCGGCGACGUCCACGGCUACGGCUUCAAUCUCUAGGCUCUUCACCAAGGCCCAGCAUUCCUCCUCUACUCGCGCACCUUCGCCUCCCAAGAUCAGCUCGUUCAAGGGCAAGGGCAAGGAGCGCGCCCUCAACGAUCCUUCGACCCCUACGACACCCACCCUCACUCACGUUCCUUCUUCCUCCUCGAUUGCGCGCGACUUCGAGCGGCGUCGUACGCCUUCGACUCUGAGCGUAUCGGACAUGGUCGGUGUUGCGGUCGCGCUCUCCCACUCGCACUCCCAGCCUAAUUCAGGCGUGUCGACACCGAAGAGGAUAAGCUUUGCUGAGCUGCCAGAGAGCUAUGGCGCAUCUCGUCCGGCGGGCUCCGGCCCCUCGACGACGCGCAGAAAGAAGCGGAAGGAUAAGGGCAAGGAGGAGACUGGGUGGUGGUCCUCAUGGUUCGGCGGCCUGUCGUACGGCGACAGGAUGGAGGAGCGGAUGAUGGGCCGGGGGCGCGUAGGCAUAGGUCUAGCGCCGUCGUCUGGCCUCGAUGAUUGGACUAUAUGA